AUGCUUGGCGAGGCAAAGUGGUAUCCGUUCAAAGCGGCGGGAAUGCCGAACGCCCAAAAUUCGGCAACAUUUGCCAAAACUAGUGAUGGCGACCAGGUGGGGGAUUCGAAUCCCACGCCGAAAAAGUCCGUCGGGAUAUCGAAACUCAGCCGCAAAAGCAAGCUGGCGCAGUGGCGUUCGGUCUAUGUGGGACUGCGUGCUUCAUACAAAGUAGAUGGCAAGGUCCCGGCCCUGUCAAAACUUCAAAGAAGCAUGUGCCAAUGGCGUCGCCAGCUGGGUUUGGUAACGAUUGUGAAUGAAAGGCUGCUACAACACGCUGUUGUCUAUGAACAUAUCUCAAUCAGUGAAAAUGAUGAUAUUCAACGGCCGGACGUUUUGACAAAGACGCCGUCUGGUAGCAGCGGCCGAUUUAUCGUCGAUCUUGGUGGCCAGUCCAUGAAUUAUGACGAGAUUUGA